AGAGAGAGAGAGAGGAAAAAACAGAGGGAGGGAGAGAUGCGGGGAGAAGAAGGGGGCGCAUAUUGACUGGCUCAUGGUGAGAGAGGCUGAGAUGUUUUCACCUCCACCGCCGGUGGGUGCACACUGCGGGUAAAAAAACCAGGAACAGCGUUUAACUGGGACCUUUUCUUUCAUUGUCUCGGCAUGUCCUCCCAGUCCCUCCACCCUGCCGCAGCGCACGCGAUCGGACAGGAGCCGAGCAGCAGCAGUGGAAGGAUGCUGUGACGACCAGCCUGAGACUUCACGAAGGCCUGAGACAGCACCGCUCGGUGGAACAUGGCUCCCGUGUCCCUCCUGUUCCCAGCUUUGCUCCUCUCCUUCCUCCCUUUGUCUGAUGCCCAGACCAUCAUUGGCUUCUCCUCCUCCUUCCCUGCGUUGGAUCUGCCAAACAAUUCACCUGCGCCCACAAAGCAGACCGUUCGCUUCUGGCCCUCUUUGCCUUCCAGAGGACGCAGUGAUGUUCCCGUCAGAGUGACAGUACGGGACAAAUUAACAACUACGAACAUGGUGGAACAGGAGGAACGGCCCGACCAUCCAAUGACACAGUUCGAUCCUUUUCCCAUUUUUACUAUUUCAACACAAAGUCCUAGCAGAGCACAUGCUACGGUCCAACCAGCUGCCUCCAGAUCGAGGACGGACACAGCCAGUUUAGCUUUCGGCAGAGAUUUAUCAAAGAGGGAAGACGCCGAAAAAGGCCUGACUUUGUCCACUUUACCUUCUGUUGGUGAGUCUGCAGAAGACAAAAAGGCUAAAGGGAAUCCAACAGAAGGACCAGAUAAAGAGACAGAAGAUGGGUUGGGAUCAGGCAGAAGUCCAGCAGAAGAGUUUGUCCAGCAGGAAUGGCCUCAUCGUACACCAACAGCUGGUGAUGAAAUGGCACAGUACCGACCACAGGCGCAGACCAUGACAUCUAAAGUUGGUGAUGGAAUAAACCCACCUGUUGAACCGCAGACUGUUCUGACUACAACCAGUGCAACCUCUUCAACACAACCUGAGAGAAACGCCCCACUGCCCUCUGUGACAACUCUGAAGACUUUCACAGGUAAGUUGGCAGUCAGCAGUCCUUCCACUGCUGCGACAUCGUCCAACUCUACUGAGCAACAGCCACGGAUGGCAGGGCAACCUGUUCCGGGCCAAAGCCAGACUAGUUUGCAUCUAAACACCUCAACAGCACAUGUGGCCCACACAUCUGCGACAGGUGAGCUCGGCACGACGCAGACGGGAGAUGGAACCACAACGAGGCAAAGCAGCAGAACCACGCCAACAGGAAGACAUACAACUGUACAGCCUUCAAGGAGCGAACCCUUUUCUGUCCGUCCAACCGGUGUUGUUCCUGUCAUCCGUUCAAGAUUCAGCCCCACAUACCAGGCUGAGAGGAACCGCUCUCUUCUUCUGGGACAUCCGUACCAAGCUCCCUAUUCCACUUUGAUCCCAUCUCCCUCCCCCAGUGUGAGGCCUUCAAACAACGGCGCACUUCUUUACUGGGGAGAUCUGAGCCAAACGUUGGCUUUGGCCUGGGAACUUCACGUCUAUGGCACAGCAAGCCUUUUUCUUCUUCUUUUUGCUGGAGCUGCCCUUGGCCUCAUGCUGUCACCUGGUGCAAACUGUCCUCAUCGAGGCGCUCUGGCACUUGCCAACGUUCUUUUGUUUCUUGUUGGAGGCCUCAGGGCAGCUCUCUUUUUCAUCGACCCCUAUGGCACACGAAAAUUCCUCCCUCGCCCUGCCGUUACAGCCCUCUACAACCUGCCGCUGCACUUGUUGGUGUGGACGCAGGCAGCUCUGGCACUGCUUGCACUCAGGGUGGCAGGAGUGAGUAUGUUGCCUUCAACUUUAGAGCGCCCUCCCCUGGUGGCUGUACUGACAGUGUUACAGUGCACCCUGCUGCUGGCUGUUGACCUGCUGUCUCCAGCUCUGUCUCCUGUGGUGCCCAUCACGCUGCAGGUCCUGUCCUUGUGUUGGGGCCUGGCUCUCUGUUUAGGAUUUCUGUGCUAUGUGUUUCCACAUAUACGCUGCCCUCCUCUUCCACACCACGGAGUCCCUGAAGAGACUGGGAGGAAGGCUUGGACAGGGAGCCAGAGAACAGGAGUCAUUCUGGGAAGAGUGUUGGCGAUGUGUGCAGUUCUUGGAGCUUUGUGCUGUGGAUUGCAUGUCCAUGCUUCUAUGUGGCUUUAUGGAUUCUUAGGAGAUUGGACCCACUUUAACUGGGGCUGGUGGCUUGUGCACUUCUGGGCACGGCUCCUGGAACUGGUCUGGGGUUUUUCCCUCCUAAUUCUGGCUUCAUGGGUGUUCUGGAGACCUGUGAGAUGCAGGAGAAGGGAGGAAGGAGUGCAAGACAGCAGAGCAACAGGUGAUCUACCAUCCCCUGGUCAAUCUGUAGGCUCACCCCAAAGACAUACAUGCUGGUCUAAGAUAGUCCAAAGCCUGCGGGGGAAGCCCUGCAGAAAGUCUGACAGUAAUGGCGUGGGAGGUGUGGGGGAGGUGCCUAACAACUGGGCUGGCCAGGAGCAUCCUGGAGCUGAUAUCCGCAAGAGUCUCAUAAGGAACCAAGACCAUGACCAGAAUGCUGCACAGGCACGUUGCGUCAAAGACAACAACCAUGGACAGAACAAUGGCGGGCACUCUGCAGAACGAGGCACAGCUGAUGAUUCCUCUGGACCACCGCUGAGACUGCAGACUCUAGGUCAGCCGCCGCAGCGCUCCGUGAGUGGCAGUCUGGAUCAGGAUAAGGAUACGUCCCUGUCUUUCUAUGAGUUUGACCUGCGACCUCCCUCUCCCAUCAACCUGACUCGCAGCAUCGAUGAGGCGCUGCAUAGAGAACACUUGCUCGAAGGGGGGAGUCUUUUUCAUCCUGUAAACCAAACUUCGCCAUCUCCUUCCCCGGGUUCAGGGAUCAGCCAAGGGGGUUGGCUCCGCAGAAACAGUGACCCUCAGCUGCUUUCUGAGAGCAGCGAAGCCCCAACAGAGUCCUCCAUGCCACUGGGGGGCAGCAUUCUCAGCAGUGUGCCUAGCAGGCAGGUGACUGCUCCGCCCACACCAUCUCACCAGGGUCACAGAUGGGGUGGGAACAGCGUAGCAUGUGUACCCUCAUCGGUGUCCUGCCCGGUGUCACUUCGUCCAUAUAGAACAUCAACAGGGAAUCUGGGGGAGGACGAAGUGGAUGACACACGGCCCUUUAUAACCCCCGACUCCGAACGAGUGCGAGGAAGGUCAGGGAGGCCAGCAGGGUCACGCAGUUACCUGGAGGUCAGUCGACACGACGAUUCUGCCAGCGUGAGCAGUGAAAUUAUUGACCUCUGAACCAAACCCUGAACAUUAAGACCAUCGACUGCACUUCAUUUAUUGACUUCUGUAUCAGACCAAGACUUCUGAAGAAAAAAACGAUAGUCUGAGAUUCAAAAUCCUUAUUUUUGAAAGAGGAAAUACACAAAGUAUAUAAAUAUAGAUCUAGGUAGUGAGUCCUAAACUUAUUGUCUAGCUGCCUUUUAUAUCGUUAGAGGAUUUACCAAGUGGGCCAUGGAACAGGUUUUCUUAACUCGCACUAGUGAAGCAAAACUGGGAAAUACAGCACAGAUAAACAACACGCAGACAUUUUUUCAGUCAUCUCUUGCACAUGACCUGUUGGUCUGAUGUUGAGUUUUCAGGGACCCAAACUACAUCUGUUUCACUAAACAAGCCCUUCAGUAGAUCUGCGCUCGAAACCUGGACUAGUUCCCUCCACACUGUAUGAAAUAGAAAAGCUGUUCAACUCCCUGUAAUGUGAUUGCCUGUCCUUUAGGUCUCAUUGCUCGUUUUGUUUCAAAUCAUUUGUCGGCAUAUCAUUGGAUGUGAGUUUCUUGAAGUUUGUUCUGUUUGCUUUUGUGAUAUAAAAUGUGCCAUAUGCAGUUGGUUUCUUUGCUGUUCUCUCUCU